GACAAAGGUCAGAAAUCUUACGCAAAAACGAGUCCAUGGAACAUGAGCAGAAAUUGCUGCUUAUGGGACGGACUGAUAUGCGAUGAGAUCACUGGCCAUGUCAUUGAACUUGACCUCAGUUGCAGCUGUCUUGGAGGGAAGAUCCAUUCCAAUAGCAGCGUAUUCCAACUCUCAUCUCCAAAGGCUCAACCUUUCUUUGAAUAACUUCUCCAAUUCUUACAUCUCGCCUACAUUUGGUAGGUUCUCGACCUUGACAUAUCUUGAUCUUUCCUACUCAUAUUUCUCAGGUCAAAUUCCUUCUGAAAUCUCUCAUCUUUCCAAGCUACAGCCUCUUCGUCUCUCCACAUCUGCGGCAAGUCGUCCUAAAUUGCUAAGACUCGCAACCCAUUAUUUUAAAUUGCUCCUUCGGAAUUUGACCAAAUUAAGAGAGCUUGAUCUUAGUGGUGUGAAUAUCUCUUCUACCAUUCCUCCAAAUAUCUCUUCGUGUUUAACAACUCUGAGGUUGAGAUUUACAGGAUUGUAUGGGAUAAUACCAGAGAGUAUUUUUCACUGGCCCGACCUGGAAACACUUGACUUGAGAGAGAAUGAUCAGCUCAGUGGUUAUUUUCCAAAGACCAAAUGGAACAACAGUGCAUCUCUCAUAGAGUUAGAUCUUGGUGGCGUGAAUUUUUCUCAUAACUUGCCUAAGUUUCUUGGUUAUCUAACUUCAAUGCAGUCUUUUGGUACUUUAUUCGUGCAAUCUCUGGGGGCCUAUUCUUGAAUCUCUUUCGAAUCUCACUCACAUAGAGGGUUUGGUCCUUGAAAGUAACUCCCUGAAUGGAACAAUACCAUCAUGGAUAUUCUCCUAACUUCCAUCACUAAGUUAUUUAAACUUGGGUUCUAACCAAUUUUCUGGUCAGCUUGAGGAUUUCAAGUACAAUACACUAGUCUGGAUUCACUUAGAUGGCAAUCAACUGCAAGGCCAUAUUCCCAAGUCAAUAAAAAACCUUUUGAACCUAACAAAGCUUGAUCUUUGAUCAAAAAAUUUUAGUGGCAAUGUGGAAGUCUGCUUGUUUUCAGACCUUAAGUAUCUUACGGAUCUUUAUCUUUCAUAUAAUUGUAUCUCAUUGACCAAUGAGAAUAAAGUUAAAUCUAC